CACAAUCCCACGAUUUUGGUUGCAGGCUCGUUCAUUGCAGGCCAGUCCCGCUUGCCGCCUACGCCUAGCCCCGGCGUCCGCGACCAAGGCCGGCCAGCCGCCGACGGCGUCCACACUGUCGGAUGCCCCCCGCUCACGGCAGGCAUGGUCGUACGGGAGCAUCAUUUGAGGUGGAGGGAACCAGGCAACCAGCGGGGCAUCCUCCUCGUCUCGGCGGCAGACGCUUGCAAUGUGUUCGUGCAAAUGCUUCUGUAGGUGUAUGCGCUCCGAUCUGUCGAAAUGAAUCAUCGGUCCGGGUACAUGCUGCUGGUGCUUCAAAAAGAAGGUUGUCUUUCCUUCUCAAGCAUUCUUAGUAGUCAAACAGACUUUGGGAUCACACUAUUGGCGUGAAGUGAACCAUAGGGAUCUUCAUAUCUGAUCAUCAAGAUGGCAUGAUUGACUUUACCUUUUAUGUCAGUCGUUCUUCUGUUUUACUUACUCAGCUACCUCGCUUAUGCACGUGCAAUCUACACUUUUUGACAGAAUAAGGAUCCAGUAAGUUACGGUUCAAGACAGGACACCGUUUCUUAUUUGGAGACCGUUCCUCCAGUAUUUAUGCCAAUACACCAGCGAGGCAGAGACACAAAAGCAGCGCUGUUCUCUGAAAAGAGAGGCUGCAAUUUGUGUCAACACUAUUCUUGCUCUUCCGCAGAAAAUUGUACCACUUGCAGAAACUAUCAGAAUCAUAGUAACAUAUGAUUCUACAUCAUCUGAUGGCCAGGAAUUUAUUUGUAGUUAGUUUGUUGAUUCUUUCGCUUGUCUUUAACUCAUGCACAGCUCACUCAUGGAGGAACAAUAGUUCUCUGGAUGAUGUUGGUCCACGUUGUGAACCUUCUUCCCAUCCGUUUGGUCUGUGCAAGACAAGAGCAGCAGCUUUUGGCUAUCCAUGUGAAGAUCACAUGGUCACAACAGAAGAUGGUUAUAUUCUUAGCCUAAAGAGGAUUCCUCAUGGUGUUUCUAACUCGACCCAGAAUACAACGAGGAUACCAGUACUACUAUUCCACGGGCUCAUGGUGGAUAGCGUUUCUUGGGUACUGGGUACGCCAAAACAAUCACUUGGAUUUAUUUUGGCAGAUGGUGGGUUUGAUGUUUGGUUUGCCAACACCCGUGGAACUAAUUCCAGUCGGAACCAUACCUCGCUCACCCCAGAUGAUCCGGAGUACUGGAAUUGGACGUGGGACCAACUUGCUGCCUAUGAUCUUCCUGCCGUGCUUCAGCAUGUCUAUGAUCACACAGGAGGCCAGAAAGUCCACUAUAUCGGUCACUCCCUGGGAACCUUGAUUAUUCUUGCAGCCUUCUCAGAGCACAGGUUACUUCAUUUAGUUCGAUCGGCUGUGUUGCUCUGCCCAAUUGCUUAUCUGUAUAAGACAAAAUCAAAACUCACCCGGCUUGCUACUCAAAUCCUCCUUGCAGAAGCAUUUCACUUUCUAGGAUAUCGUGAGUUCAAUCCUGUUGGGCCAGUUUCACAUGAAAUUCUGCUCAUAAUAUGCGGUGACCCUGAAAUCGACUGCUACGACCUAUUUACGGCUGUUAUGGGACCGGACUGCUGCCUCAAUGCUUCAACUGUAUGUAACUUCCUGCAGCAUGCUACACAGUCCACCUCUAUCAAGAACCUUAUUCACAUGUCGCAGAUGAUCAGGUACGAAGGGGUCAGAAGGUAUGACUAUGGCAACGCCAAGGAAAACAUGAAGCAUUAUAGCCAGCCAAGCCCCCCGCUGUACAACCUCUCAUCCAUCCCCACCCAUGUCCCCAUGUUCCUCACCCAUGGCGGCCAAGACUUCCUCGGCGAUGUCCCUGACACCAGGCACCUCCUGAAGACUCUUGUCAGAACCCAUGACAGCGACAACAUGGAGGUACUGUACGUGCCCGACUACGCCCACGCUGAUUUCGUGAUAGGAUAUAAUGCUCCGCAACUCGUAUAUGGGCCGAUGGUCGACUUCCUUCAGCGCCACUGAGAGAGUCGCCACUUCAGGUCUCUCUCCGAGCAGGCCUUCAGCAGUAACUUCCUAUCAGCCUAUGCAACCAACCAAAACUUCAACCACAUAUUACUUGUCCGUGUAUAUGGCUUGUGUAUGGUCUUAGCAUAUGUCUGCUCAUCAGAGUGAGUAGAUGCCAGUUUGAUCAUGCUAGAGAGUGGACUACUCUGUCAGAUGUUCAGUUUCAUGUAUCCAGUUUACCCGUUCUGUCGAAUCCCACGUUAUCACUUUAUUUAGAAGUCUCAGAUUC